UCGCCUUACUGCCGUAAAUUAUAACCAGCGUCGAGCUUUUUGAGGUUUAUUGGAAUUUAUAUUUGGAAAAGUGAUGAGCCAUGAACUUAGGGCUUUGGUUUUAUAUUUCAGCAACCCAUUUUGGAGAAGACUAUUGCUGACUGCUUAUGUAAAAAGAGCUGAAGCGCAGAAUUAUGGCUGUUGCCGUCCAAUUUCAACUAGUUCCCCUGAUGAAAGGGGAAAAGAUACCGAGAUUUCAGACUUCCAGCCGCCAAAGGACUCACACUUUGACUGGGUUGGCCCUCCAGAUAGAUUUUCAAACUUAAGAUACGUGAAGUUUCACAUUCCAAAGAAUGAAUCCAAACUGGAAAGGCAGCUGAGAAAAUUAAGAAUAGAUACGCAGAAUUGGAACCAGAAAUUUUGGUCAAAUCAGAAUGUAGUUUUCAACAAGGAAAAAGAAGAGUUUAUACACUCAUGCUUACGAGCAAAGGGAUUGGGAUUAAGAGAUGAAGAAGGGAGGAAAAACACUUUAACUGCUGAAGAGAUGGCUGAAUUUUACAAGGAGUUUCUUAAUAGAAAUUAUGAAAAACAUGUGAACUACAAUAAGGAAUGGUACAGACGUAAUUUUACUAUCACGUGGUUAAUGGGUCGAGCUGUAUUGCAAAAUGCUUGGAGAAGACUGAGACGGAGGAAGGAAAUCAGACAAUGAAGAUCCUGUACUGGAAGUAAACAUUUUAGUGCUUGAAUUUAAUUGUUCUGUGAAAGUACUUGGGUGUUGGUGAUACUCUAAAUGUUUCUCAGUGAAGGAUUCUUAAAAUACGAUGGUGAUCAAAGUAUAAUAAAACUUGUUAUAUAUUGUUUA